ACACCUUAAAGGUGAAGAAGACGAAGAGGUUUAUGAAGGGCUUAAUGCUAACGGUACUAUGUCAAAAAGCAUUGGUACUGGAACUGAUGACCCUCCUACCAAUGACAAACGUUCGAAUAGUGACUUGGCUUUAAGUUACACUUUUAUUGAAGUUAAGGAUGACGAAGCAGAAGAUACGCUUGCUCGUCUUGGAUUAUAUCAACUUGCUGGCUCCUAUGAAUCCUAUCAACCACUCCUUCGUUUUGCUCUUAACUCUUCUACUCUUCCACAUUCCCUUGUUGUAGUCGUCCUAGAUUGGGCACGCCCCUGGACUUUUAUCGAAACAUUACAAAAAUGGAUUAAAUUUGUAGAAUUAGGUAUCGAAAGUGUAAAAAAGGAAGGAAAUGUUGGAUCUAAAGAUGGUUGGACCAAAGGAAAAGCAGUGGUUGAUGAAUUGAAAGAUUUACACGCCGCUAAUCCAAAUGCAACAGUUAAUAGUGAAGAAGAUGAUGUUGCAUUGCCAUUGGGACCAGGAGUUUUGACUACAAAUCUAGCAGUGCCAUUAGUGGUGGUUUGUACCAAGUCCGAUAAUGUUAGUACUCUUGAGCGUGAGUUAGAUUAUAAAGAAGAGCAAUUCGAUUACAUACAGCAAACUUUACGAACAAUUUGCCUCAAAUAUGGUGCAGGGCUUUUUUAUACAACUACACGUCAACCUCAAACAUUUGUCAACCUUAGAAAAUAUAUCCUUCAUCGACUCCUUGGUUCUAAAGCUUCAUCCAGUGACACUAAAUCUGCAUACGCUUUUAAUAUUAAGGCACACGUUGUUGAGCGUGAUACAGUGUUGGUUCCCACUGGUUGGGAUUCUUGGGGUAAAAUUAAAGUUUUAAGAGACGGAUUUGAUUGUGAGGGAUUGCUUCAAGGCUGGGAAUUGGAUAUGGGGGGUGAUAAACCUGCUGAAGGAGAAGAAAAGGAAAUAAUCAGUGCUAAAAAGUUGUACGAGGACGUAGCUGUCCAUGAAGAUUCCGAUAAACCACUAUCAAUCCCACGCAUGAUUAUCGCUGAGGAUGAACAAGAUUUCUUCAGCCGUCAUUUUGAUACUUUACAAAAGGCUAAUAACGAACGUCAAUCCCCACCCUCAGUUGUCGGACCAAUGGGAGCUCCCAAUUAUUCGUAUGGCGACAUUGCCAAAGUACCUUCACCACCUUCAGGCAUCAAUAUCACGAAUGGAAGCACGGGUGCUCCUCCUGUAAAUGGACCUGCACCUAAUCAAAAUGAGGUUCUUGCCAACUUCUUCCAAAAUCUGCUUUCGAAGAAGGCUAAUAUAGCACCGGCUACCUCAGGGAAUUCUCAAACAUCACCGAAUGAACCAACUGCUAGUCCUGUUCCCAAACAACAAAAUGGAUCGAGUAACGUUAGUCGAACGAUGGUUCAAAAAGAGUUAGAUAAAUUGAGAAAUUUGCCUAACAAUACAACUGCAAGUAUGGCUGGAAAAUAA